CGGAAAUGACGAAACAUCUAGCUUGCACGAUCCUCCACGUGCGAGAGCAGCACAGUCACAUUGGCAGGUCCGCAGUUCCACCAUGAAGCGACCAAAGUUAAAGAAAGCAAGUAAGCGCGUCUCAUGCUCCAAACGCUAUAAAAUACAGAAGAAGGUCCGGGAGCACAACAGAAAGCUAAGAAAAGAGGCAAAGAAGAAAGGAGUGGGCAAACGAGUGAAGAAGGAUCCCGGUGUGCCCAGCAGCGCUCCUUUCAAAGAGGAGGUUCUCAGGGAGGCAGAGCAGAGGAGGCUACAGAUUGAAGAAGAAAAAGAGAAAAAGAAACAAGCUAAAAAAGAGGAGCGAGCCAAGAACAGGAAAAAGGAGAGGGAUGCUGCAAGUAAAGAGGAAGAACCCAAGGCUAAGAAGGCUCGGCAGGAUGAAGCUGAAAAGCAGCCAGUCAAACCAUCUGCCCCAGACAAGAACUCAAAAAAGUACCUUUGCUCUGAAUUGAAUAAGGUAAUUGAUGCAUCUGAUGUAGUUAUAGAAGUCCUUGAUGCUCGGGAUCCACUGGGCUGCAGGUGUCCACAGCUGGAGGAGGCGGUGCUGCAGAGGGAAGGCAAAAAGAAACUGCUCUUGGUUUUAAGCAAAAUAGAUCUGAUACCAAAGGAAAAUGUGGAGCGGUGGAUACAGUGUUUACAAAAGGAGUUUCCAGUGGUGGCGUUCAAAGCAUCAACACAGAUCAGGGACAAAACAGUGAAAGGCAGGAAGAGCAGGAUAGUGGCCUCCAAUGAAGUCCUGGACAAAUCUCGAGCAGCAGCCUGCUUUGGAAACGGUUCUCUCACUGAAUUCCUUUCAAGUUUUGCUCUAAGCAAAGACAGUGAAGCUUCACUCAAAGUGGGUGUAGUUGGUUUUCCAAAUGUGGGAAAAAGCAGUCUUAUCAACAGUUUGAAGGGAAUCCUUGCGUGCAAUUCUGGCGUCAAGAGAGGCAUCACAAAAUCCAUGCAGGAGGUGCACAUCUCAAAGAGUGUGAAGGUAAUGGACAGCCCAGGAAUCGUGGCGUCACCAUCCAACCCACCAGCCUCAAUGGCUCUGAGGAGCUUGCAGGUGGAGGAGGGCCAGGAGACGGUGCUGGAGGCUGUCAGGACUCUGCUCAAACAGUGUGACCAUAGCCAGAUCAUGCUGCAGUAUAAUGUUGCCGACUUCAGAAACUCUCUGGAGUUUCUAACCUUAUUCGCCAAAAAGCGUGGAUUUCUACUGAAGGGUGGAGUCCCUAACACAGAGCAGGCAGCCACAACUUUCCUUGAUGAUUGGACAGGAGCCAAGAUGAGCUACUACUGUAAGGCACCAGAGAACCACGGCCUCCCUGCCUACAUAUCUGAUGCUGUUGUUGCUGAGAUGCAGAACGGCUGGGAUCUAAACAUUUUGAAGAGGGGCAACGAGGAAACUCUCAAAGGUGUUAAAUUCCCAAGUCAGGCCAGCAGUAUAGGCUUUGUGUCUAAAGGGCCGACUGCAGGCCUGCUGAGUGUCAGCGACAACUCUGAAGAAAAACCCUCUGCUGCAGACACAGAAGUUGAGCUGCAGAAUGAUGAGAAUAAUGAGCCUGAACAAACUGCUCAGGAGGUAAAUGAAACCGAAGCCCCAGAGAAACCCCAGGAGGAGCCACUCAAAAAAAAACCCAGCCGUGUGCAGUUCCAGUCUCUCCCCAUCGACAUCAGCCUGUCAGCAGCUAAGUCGGAUGACGCCUAUGACUUCAACACAGAUUUUAAAUGAGCUUUGCUGCCUUUUUGUCUGGAAGAAAUGCAGACCUGGGUUCGUCAGCAUACGCGAAUAUGCUGACGUGAGAAUCACUGUCAUGGUGCCUUUGACCAACUCAUUACAGGCGUAGUUGAUUCACAAUCACAGAUAACAAAAUGCACUGCCUAGUAAAGUAGUUUCAGGCUAGCUGCUGGUGUUUGUGCCCUUCCUUUAAUUUUUGAAUCUGGAAGACAGUGGGGCAGUUUCCAUACAAGGUCAGACCUUUUAUCCUAGACAACAAUUUUCAGUUGAUAGAACAAUUGAAUGUUGUAUGUCUAAGACUAAUACCUGCCAACAAAAAGGACAUUACCUAGAGUGGUCGUGUAUAUAUCCCCUGACUUCUUCUCCCAAAUGUUGGUGAAGGGUCACCCAUUCAAAUGUCCAGAGGUCAUUUGUAAUAUUGUGUUCAUGCAGAAUACUGUAUAUAGACGUAUUAUAUAUGUAAUAAACCCUCUACCAAGCCUAAA